CACUAGUGGAAGUAACGUCAAAGACUGACUGACGAGGAGGCCUCCGCUUCUUUGCGUCAAGAAACUUCCACAUAACUUAACUCGGCGGUUACCGUCGUAUGCACUCCCAACGUCCCUCCCACGCGCCACCCAACCACUUCUUCAUUACUUUUUCUUUGGCAGUUGCAAUUCUUAGACAAGAAAACCAUCCCCUUUCCCGGAAAGCACUUUCCCACGUAAACAUAAACAUCCGCAAAAAAUCACCCGACCAACCAACCAAGCACACCAUAGUCGGAACCACGACUAGAACCCUAAUCAGUUGAUUAACCUCAAGAACACGAAGAGAGAAUAAGAAGUUGUUCUUCUUGUUGUAUUGUUGAUGAUGAAUUCUAGAGAUAUUUGAGAAACAGUUUCUGGGUUUUUUUGUUUAUUGUUUUUACUUGCAUCAUGGAUGAACCGAUCGCGGUUACAGAGGAGACCCGGAUCGAAGACGAGCUCUCCUACCCGAUCCUACUGUCGGAGCGAACUCGGAAGGCGGUGGAGGAGGCCGAGUCCUUCAAGUUCGAGUGCUCCGAGGUCGGAAAGCAAGUGGACCGUCUUUCCCAGAUGCUCCGUUCCGUCGUCCGCCUCGCGACCUCCACGGUUUCCCUCUACGAGCGCCCCGUCCGCCGCGUCGCCGCUGAGGUCUCCAAGAACCUCGAGCGCGCCCUGGUCCUGGUCCGCAAGUGCAAGCGCCGCAGCGUUCUCCGCCGCGUUGUUACCAUCACCAGCGCCACCGACUUCCGCAAGCUCUUCGCUCUCCUCGACGCCUCCAUCGGCGACAUGCGGUGGCUGCUCAGCGUCCUUGACUGCGACGCCUCUGGCAACGGCGGCGGCAUCGUGCUCUCUCUCCCGCCGAUCGCCAGCAACGACCCGAUUCUUUCCUGGGUUUGGUCCUUCAUCGCCUCGGUUCAGAUGGGUCAACUGCCCGAUCGCACAGAAGCGGCCAACGAACUCGCCUCGCUCGCGCAAGACAACGAUAGGAACAAGAAGAUUAUUGUCGAAGAACGUGGGGUUCUGCCGCUAUUGAAGCUUUUGAAGGAAAAUUCCUCACCCGAAGCUCAAAUUGCGGCCGCCACAGCUCUCUGUAACCUCUCUAAUUCUCAAGAUAGGGUUAGGGUUAUCGUAAACGAACUUGGGGUUCCGGCAAUUGUUCAGGUUCUUAAAAUUUCCCCAAUGAAAGUUCAAAUCUGGAUCGCGAAUUUGGUGGCGCGAAUGGCGCAGCAAGACCCAGUUGCGCAAGAGGACUUCGCGAGGGAGAACGCAAUUAGGCCUCUCGUUUCGCUGUUGUCUUUCGAUACGGCUUUAGAGGAACCGAAGGCUCCUCAAUUGGGUAAGCAUUCUAUUCACUCUAUUGUUCAGAUUAACAAGGAAAUGGAGAAGAAAUCGUUAAUGAAGGCGAACCCACCACGCCCCCAUUCGAAUUCUUCGUCUUCUUCAUCCUUGUACCGGGAGAGGAGCAGUAGUAGCAGUCGAGGUAUUAAUCAAAAGAGAGAGAGGGAGAACGAGCGGCCUGAAGUGAAACUUCAGCUGAAAAUUAGCUGCGCGGAGGCCUUGUGGAGGCUUGCCAAAAAUAGUGUGUCGAACAGUAAGAGAAUAACUGAGACAAAAGGGCUGCUAUGUUUAGCCAAGCUCAUUGAGAAGGAGCAGGGAGAGUUGCAGGCUAACUGUUUGAUGACUCUAAUGGAGAUCACGGCUGCGGCCGAAUCCAAUCCCGACCUUAGACGGGCGGCUUUCAGGACCAACUCUCCGGCCGCAAAGGCAGUGGUGGAUGAGCUCCUGAGGAUGAUCAAGGAGGCAGAUUGCUCGUCACUGCAAAUUCCCGCAAUUAAAUCAAUUGGGUCAUUGGCUCGAACCUUCCCCGCGAGAGAGACGCGAGUUAUCGGUCCUUUAGUCUCCCACAUCGGCCAUAAGAACUUAGAUGUUGCAACGGAGGCUGCCAUUGCACUGGCAAAGUUUGCUUGUCCUGAAAACUUCCUCUGUAUGGAACAUUCGAAGGCGAUAAUCGAGUUCGAAGGUGUCCCAUCCCUGCUGAGGUUGCUGAGAGGCAACGAGCGGGCAAUGUUGAAUGGACUGGUGCUCCUGUGUUAUCUUGCAUUGCAUGCUGGUAACAGCGAGGCUUUGGAGCAAGCAAGGGUGUUGACCACUCUUGAGGGGGCAGAUCGCACGUUGGCUGCCCAACAUCCUCAGUUGAGGGAAUUGAUUUCCAAGGCAAUGUAUCACCUUCAUCUGUAUCACAGUGGUGUUUUACCUCAAAGCCAAUCUUUCGCGCCUUGAACGCGCAUUUUAAUCAGCCGGGGGGACCCAGUUUUUAAUGGGAAAUCUGUUCAUGCUUGUACCAAAUUGCUACGGUUGCAUUUUCUUACUCUGUUUAUACAUAAAUUAGUUGUUUAAUA